AGAAGGGUCCUUUAGGAAUUCGGAAAGGAAGAGAAAUUUUAAGAUUGAUUCCAAAAGAGUAAAGACUAAGUUUCACGGAACUUCGGAUGGGGUUUCGACGAAAGCAGAGACUAGGAUGCCAAAACUGUGAAGCGAUGUUCGAAGUUGGAGUUGAAGGAAACGAGAAUAAAGUAAGAAAUGCUGCUAGUGGAGAAAGGAGGAGGCUACUCGAUGAGAACAAAGUAGAGAGCCUUUUAAGAAGAUGAGUUCUGGCAAGGAUAUAGAAAGUUUUAGCCAUGAAAGUGAUGACACGAGUAUACGUCAGACGGAUGAUGAUGGUGGUUCUGAUUUGGAGAUACUUGAAUUGGAUGAUGGUCCUUAUCACGAAGGACAACAUACUCCGUUCGUAUCAUCAAAAUGUCAUCAAUCACUGGUUGACGAAGAUAGUUGGGAUGGCAACGGAACUUCUGCUCAGUCUCAGUUUAGGGAGAAGCUUAUGGAUGUUCUUAAAAUUCUCUAUGACCAUAAUGAGUUUGAAAGUCAAUGGCAAGAAGUAACUAGCAAAACACCAGUGGAAGGUGCUAGAGAGUUAUGUCGAGGAAUAUCGAAACUAUAUUCAACGAACACUGAUGGAAACCCAUACCUUGUUUGGUACAAAUAUGAGUGA